AUGUUGCCUCCGCUCUCUGCUGCUACGGGCACGCCCUGUCCGAUUCCGCUUCAUGCCGGCGUUCAGGUACAAAAACAACAACAACAUCGUCACAAACAACACCUCCGUCAACUCGACCGACAGUCUGUCUCCUUAUCCCCAACCAACGACACUACGGCAAACAUCGAAUUCACGUCUGCUUUUGCAGCGCCUGCGCCGAGCGUCUUGAAGAGUGUCAAACCACGACGCAGAAGACCGCAUGACGGGCAGGGCUUCACAAUUCAUGAAGACAAAGCCUCAUUUGCGGCUUCACGAAGUGGUGAAAGAAGGGAAAGGAAUGGCACAAGUGGAGAUGGCAUUGCCAACGAGGACAAUCUGCUCAAGGUGGGAGCAAGGAGAGCUGCGAUAUCUCACCCACCCCAGCGACCGAAAAAGCGAGCAGCGAUGGAUGUCCCUUGUGCAGCGCCCAUACCCCCAACGACUGCUUCUGCGGGCGAUGUUGUUGUACAGUCACAGGUGCGAAAACAAAGCGGUACUUCGACGAGACUUAGUCAAGCCGCGAGACGACCAAUAACAAACAAGGCCGAAAGGGCAUCAUCCUCAUCCAAGGCUCAACCGCUGCCAACACUCCCUGAAGACACUUUUGCACUCCCGAGGAUGGAUCCCACAACUUCGCUCAAGCCAGACCGGCGAACUACGAUAUACAUACCGACCGAGGACACGACAGUGCCGAGCAUGUACAUGGGUAUCUUCAGCCCAAUUAAGAGGUUGGGCCCGGCGGUGAAGCCCUCUCCAGGGUGGCCAGCAACAUCCGCGACCGCAGAACUACCAAGCAAGCCCGAUGUCGAAUUGACAGGGAUCGUUGCGCAGAUGGUCGCGAAGAAGCGAGGCGCUGCCAGGUCUAAAAGCACCAUUUCUCCAACGCGACGGCCGUUGCAGGUUACGACUAAUCCUCUCCAAGAAAGUGCAGUAUUGGUGGAUCGCUGGGGACAAGGAGGUGGUAAGGAGAAUAUUCCUCCUGGGCAGAAUGAAAUGCUCGGCAUGAAAGCCACGUCUGGGAAAGGGAGACAGCAGCCGGGGCGACGAAGCUCAGGCCUGGAGGAUGCUUAUACUGUGGCUCGACAGCAACAAGUCAAAAUACAAGCGCGAGUUUUGUCGAAAGGCCCACCCACGGCAAUCGUUCCGAGAAAAGCCAGAACGGAGAGUCCCGCCGAGGGUGCCAGCACGAAGCUGGGCGAUAGAGGACCACAGUUGAAGCCCAGGCGACCAGGACGAGCAUCCGUGAUAGGAAUCCUAGAACCGAAGUCAAACUUCGCUGCAUUGGAACGUGAAUCUAUUGCGAGAAAGUUAUCAGUCCCCAGUCGAUUUGUUAUCCCGAAAGUGAAUCCUAUACCAGCUUGUGAGUUAUAUCCUGUUAUUACUGAAGACCUUGUCGAUCCUAUGAUGUACGAGGAGAAUUGGUUGAGUCACCAGGAGACGGCAAUCACGCAACUUGUCAACACUCUCUUUGCAGCAUCAACCGCGUUAUGCUCUCCAGUGGAAGAUGAAAUGCUAAGGCUUCGGUUGCUCGAGAGAUAUGGAGACCCUGAAAAUGUGUUACUCUACAAAAGACUCCAGGCUGCCCUGCUAUAUGGAGCACUGAGUGUGCCUCGGGAUGUUCUCCGCGGUUCUUUGAGACUCAGCACCGACAUAGGAAAGCGGAAGGCUUUCACGAAUUUAUGGCUCGAUACAUAUGAACUUGCGAGUCUUGGGUCCGCGCUGGAAGUUGUUGUUGGUCGACGGUGCCUGAGCAACGGAACCGAGUCUUCGACAGUGUGCCCCGUUACUGAGAAUAGCCACAGUGUUAAUCGACGUACCUUGCAACAAUUUAUCGAGACCUUCCUGAUUCGAAAUGAAGACGGACAUCCGGACGAGCCAUCUACAGAUCAUUCAUCGUGGUCUUAUCAGCGCACGCUCCUUCGGAGUCUGAUGCUCAUCAAGCUCCUGGACAUGAUGAAGACAACCCUGAACCCCGUGUCGAGCAUGUGCUUGUUCCAGCCAUCGGCAUCGUACAAGGCAUCUGUGAGCGUUGUCAAAGCGCUUUUCCAACAGCUUAAUCCAAGCGCAGGAGAUCCAAUUCGAGCCUUGACCCAUAUUGGGUAUGUGGUCAUGCACACACAACAUCCCCUGGCGGAAUACACAUACCAGGUGGAAAAUCUGGCGAUUGACCUGCGGGAUGGAGUGCGUCUGACCAGACUUGUCGAGAUUCUCCUGUAUCCUUCUGCGUCACCGUCCCUCGAGUAUGUGCAAGGUUCGGAUUCAACUUCCAGUAUCACUCUGCCCGAUGGACAACAGUUGCCCUUGAACGCAGGGGACUCCAGCUGGCCGUUGUCUCAACAUCUCAAGUACCCCUGUCUGGGCCGCGCGACCAAAUUGUAUAACGUGCAGAUCGCACUAAGCGCAAUACAAGGAGUCAAGGGGGUGGAGAAUUUGGUAGAAGCUGUCAAAGCAGAAGACAUUGUGGACGGCUUCAGAGAAAAGACAGUCAGGCUCCUCUGGGGCCUGACCAGCAAGUGGGGACUUGGUGGACUUGUUGACUGGAACGAUGUCGAGCGCGAAAUCAAGAGGUUGUGCCGCACGGGGGCUAGCAGUCACGAAAACGACUACUUCGACCUGCUGCCUGAUGAAGAUGAUCACGCGCGAUACACAACCCUCUUGAAAGCAUGGGCUCAAGCCGUUGCCAGCAAGCAAGGAAUCCGGGUGACCAACCUGACCACAAACUUUGCGGAUGGACGGGUUUUUGGAGCUAUUGUUGAGGAAUACGAAGGAUAUCUCAGCUAUGACGUUGGGUCACCAAAAGGUCGCUCCCUCGCCGAGCGGCUGAGGUGUCUUGGGUGCAGUGAGCAAUUUGCCAUGCUUUUCACCCAGUUGGAAGGAUCCACUCACCGUGCGCCUAUCUUUACCCGGGACUUUGUAGUGGCGGCAUUGGCAUUCCUUUGUUCUCGGCUUCUCAACCCAACAAAGGGUGUGAGAGCAGCCGUGGCGAUACAGAGGAGAUGGCGGUCACAUUGGGCCCGAGUGGUCGAGUCUCGCAAGGUGCAUCUGAAGUCGGUUGCAGAGAGUUGCGCUGCAAUGGCUCUCCAGAGAGGGGCAGCGGGUGCCGCCAAACAAAGGGAGCAUGAAGUGGGUCAGCCACUUGCCGGAGACGAGGACAUGGAACAAGCUGACGGAGAUAUCUGGUUGAGCUUGUGA